AUGAGAAGUUGGAACGCGGGUCAGGGCAACAAUAGGGCUGUAAAGCGCAUAGCGGAAGCUACCGCCGAGUGGAAAAGCGACAGGGUCGUAAGAUUGCCUAUUGUGAAUAAGGAGGUUGAUUUCUGCUUGAAGGGGUGUCGUGAUGAUAGCUGGCUUGUUAUUGGAGUGAGUGAAGGGCAGGAUAAUGCGCUAGGGGUGAGCACAAAUUUGAGGAGUCAUGUAGGUGGGUCUAUGAAGGUGCGAGGAAUUGUGGCCUGUAUUAAGGAUGAGUGGCAAUAG